AUGAUCGGUGCUACCAGGCGCUGGCUCCGGCGCAAUCGCAGAGGUCUCGCUAUCGGCGCUGGAGUUGUCGGGGCUGGCUACCUGGCGGGACAGUAUGUGCUGUCCAAAAUUUCCGAGGCGCGAGAGCGUAUGAGCAGUGAUAGAAUCGCCAAAGAAAAUUUACGGCGACGAUUCGAACAAAACCAGACCGAUUGCUCUUAUACUGUUUUGGCGCUGUUGCCAACUGCCGCGGAGGAUAUUUUGGAGGCUUUGCCUGUUGAGGACCUGACGAAAGAGCUGCAGAAGAAACGAGCGGAGAGGUUGGCCCGGUUGAAUGCUGGGGAAGCUACAGGCUCGGACUUGAGUUCGGUAUCUCCCAGUGUGGCGGAGGAAGACCGACGGAGCUUAAACAGCUUUCAGAGUGAAGGGUUUCUUCAUGCCAGUCAGCUGGGAGGGUCUCCUAGCGAGGCUGAUGGGCAGCCAAAGCCGAAGCGGAAUAAGACCCAGCUCUGGAACGAAGUCAAGAUUGCCUCUAUUACCAGGUCUUUUACACUCAUAUAUACACUAUCUCUGUUGACCAUCUUCACCCGCGUUCAACUCAACCUUCUCGGUCGCCGAAACUACCUUUCCAGCGUGAUCUCCUUGGCUACACCUCCCGCGAACGCGACUACGAUUCGUCUAGAGGACCACGAUGAUGAUGAUCUUACACAAACAUUGGGAAAUGACUUUGAGACCAACCGACGGUAUCUCGCUUUCAGCUGGUGGUUGCUCCACCGGGGAUGGAAGGGGUUGAUGAGCGAGGUGCAGGCUGCUGUGGAGGAAGUGUUUGGUCCUCUUAAUCCGAGAGAAGAUAUUACACUGGGCAAGCUCUCGGAAUUGACUCUGCAGAUUCGGAAGAAGGUAGAGGGCAGUACUGAGGAAGAGCGGAGGUUUGUCACUCUUGAUAGGCUGCUAGACAGUGUGCUGCAGGAAUCUGGAGUUCUUGGAGUGACAGAAGCCGCGUCUGACCAAACAACUUUGACGUUGCGCCAUCUCCUGGAUGAGACGGCUGAUCUGAUUGACUCACCAUCCUUUACGCAUGUCGUAACACUUUUGAACAAUGAAGGCUUUGCUAUUCUGGUCGAGAAGAAGUGUGCAUCCGAUGCUUUCAAGUCGUCGCCUACCCCGGAGACCGUUCCCCAGUCGUUUUCCUCGAUCGCGACCGUCCUGCCCGUGGCGGGGGUGUCAGAGCCCAAGACUAAGUUGGCGAAUGUUUUGGCCGUGAUGGCACGACAGGCUCAUGUCAUUGGCAAUGGUACAAACCCACCGAAUGAAUAUCUCACUGGCAUGGACCAGGGUGUUCGAGAGUUGGAGGCCUUUGCGGCCGUUCAUUCCCAAUCGACAGACAGUCUCCCUCCCCUCACGACAACCACCGAGCGCAAAUUGAUGGCCAAGAUCGACUGGCAUAUCGUACCCUGUUUAUGUUUAUUAUACCUGCUUGCUUUUUUGGAUCGAAUCAACAUCAGUAAUGCCGCAAUUCUCGGACUCAAACAAGACUUGAAUAUCGAUCAUGGAACCAAGUACAACACCGCUUUGACUAUAUUCUUUGUUCCUUACGUUAUAUUCGAAAUUCCAUCCAAUAUACUUCUCAAGAAGUUGAAACCUAACGUGUGGUUGUCGAUAUGCGGAUUUGGGUUUGGUCUCGUCAUGAUCUGUCAAGGUCUGGUGUCGAAUUGGGGUGGAUUGAUGACAACUCGAUGGUUUUUGGGAAUGUUUGAAACGGGAUUGUUUCCUGGAUGUUUCUAUUUAAUGGGAAUGUGGUACAAACGCACAGAAGCUCAGAAACGAUUCAGCUUCUUCUUCAGUUCUACCACUCUGGCUGGUGCUUUUGGUGGUUUGUUGGCUAGUGGGAUUUCAAAAAUGGAAGGCAUCAGAGGCUACGGUGGCUGGCGAUGGGUGUUUAUCAUCGAAGGCCUGCUGACUUGCGUUGUCUCCAUUGUGUGGUUUUUCAUCAUUCCAGGCUUCCCUGAAGAUGCCAAAUGGCUCAAUGAUGAAGAACGGGAGUUUAUCAGGGUGAAAUUGGCAAAGGAUUCAGGAAGUGCUGCAACUAAUACGAAAAUAGGCUUGAAAGAAGUGCUGAGCGUCUUCAAGGACUGUAAACAAAAUCUUCAUCGGUGGUUUGAUGUACUUUGGCCAGGUCGUCACAGCAUACGUAUGUCUCUUGCUCUGCUAAAUCUGAACCAUGCUGAUUAUGCGCCAGCGAUUAAAACGCAGCUGUACUCGAUCCCACCAUGGGCAGUCGCCUUCUGCUUUUCCAUGACAAUAGCGUACUUAUCUGACAAACUGCGCCAUCGGUUUGCCUUCACUCUUCUCCCGAUGAUGGUCGCCAUGGCUGGGUAUGGCAUCUUGCUGAACCUUCACGGGACCAGCACACGGCAUGCUCAGUAUGCGGCCCUGUUCCUGGUCACCAGCGGUUGCUACAGCACAAUGCCCGUCAUUGUCUGUUGGUUUUCCAUGAACCUGGGUGGCCAUCGUCGACGAAGUGUGGGAACGGCAUGGCAGAUUGGAUUCGGAAAUAUUGGUGGUGUUAUUUCGACGUAUGCCUUCCUUGAAAAAGAUGCACCGCUCUACCGACCUGGGUAUAUAAUCAGUGUUUCCUUUCUGUGCUUUUCGGCCGCGUGCUGCAUUGCCUAUUUUGUAGCAAUCUCCAUGGAGAAUCGGAAACGCGAUCGCCUUGAAGCGAGCGGUAGUUAUGCUGAAGUAGGCGACAAUGCUGAAGAGUCCAUGGGCGACAUGGCGCCAUCAUACCGAUACCAGUACUAA